CUUAAAAACAGGCGUCUAGCUUUUGCUGUGCAGUACAGCAGCGCGAAUGUGGAAACACCGAGCUAACGAGUGAAGGACGGUGAAGAGGGAUCCCUUGUGGAUUACUUCUCGAAAGCUAGUUAGCUAGCUGCAAAUACUUUUAAAGGAUAUUUCCUAUAAAGAGGUCCCCAUAUUUCAAGAGAAGAAGACAGCCUUAUUGGGGAAUCUUAUGGACGAAGGUUUGAGGCGGUUGCUGGACCAGCUCUGCACCCUGUUUCCUGAAUGAAGGUGUGUCCAGUUCCAGAGUUUCCACUGACUGAGCCGAGCAGGACUUGCCUGCCUGCCCAACCCCCAGAGCCUGUUCUGCUGCAGAGCCAUGAAAUGAGUCGCCAGACCGCUACCGCCCUGCCCACAGGAACCUCCAAGUGCCCCCCCUCCCAGCGUGUGCCCACCCUGUCAGGCACCACGGCCUCCAACAGCGACCUGGCCAGCCUGUUUGAGUGCCCUGUCUGCUUCGACUAUGUGCUGCCCCCCAUCCUGCAGUGCCAGAGCGGCCACCUGGUCUGCAGCAACUGCCGGCCCAAACUCACCUGCUGCCCCACCUGUCGAGGGCCGCUGGGCUCCAUCCGCAACCUGGCCAUGGAGAAGGUGGCUAACUCGGUCCUGUUCCCCUGCAAGUACGCCUCGUCCGGCUGCGAGGUGACGCUGCCCCACACGGACAAGGCGGAGCACGAGGAGCUGUGCGAGUUCCGGCCCUACUCCUGCCCGUGCCCGGGCGCCUCGUGCAAGUGGCAGGGCUCCCUGGAUGCCGUCAUGCCCCACCUGAUGCACCAGCACAAGUCCAUCACCACCCUGCAGGGCGAGGACAUCGUGUUCCUGGCCACGGACAUCAACCUGCCGGGCGCCGUGGACUGGGUGAUGAUGCAGAGCUGCUUCGGCUUCCACUUCAUGCUGGUCCUGGAGAAGCAGGAGAAGUACGACGGCCACCAGCAGUUCUUCGCCAUCGUGCAGCUCAUCGGCACGCGCAAGCAGGCCGAGAACUUCGCCUACCGGCUGGAGCUCAACGGCCACCGCCGCCGGCUCACCUGGGAGGCCACGCCCCGCUCCAUUCACGAGGGCAUCGCCACGGCGAUCAUGAACAGCGACUGUCUGGUGUUUGACACGUCCAUCGCCCAGCUUUUUGCGGAAAACGGCAAUCUGGGUAUUAAUGUUACCAUAUCAAUGUGCUGAGGCACAGGCUACCAGGACUUGCAUAUUGACUGGGGGGGGGGGGGGGGCAGCCAUAUAGCUGGCACACACACACACACACCACACACUCCUUUUUAUUUGGACAUGUCUUUCUGAAAGACUCACUGUCUUUCUGUCUCCCUCUCUGUCUGACACACACCAAUCGAAUAAACACUCCCUCAUACUGUUCCCUCUCCCUCUCUCUCUCAAACAUGUGCGCGUACAUACACACAUCCAUACUGACGUUUCAGACACUACAGGGAUCCUGGAGUUGUACUGUAUGGGAGCUGUUUUAGGGGAGGGUGGGUAUCCCAGGGUGCUUUACCUCAGUGGGGAAAAAGGUUGUGAAGCCCUUUGUCCAGAGAGCGCAUUCUGUCGGGGAACCCUCUGACCAGACGCAGCGUUCUGCUGUGGAAUCCUCUUGCAAGAAUGCUUGUUCUUCAGUGGAACUCCUAUCUAGAGAUCCAUGUUCUGCAGUGGAACCUACUGACCAGAUAUCUUCUGCAGUGGGAACCCUCUCUAGUGGAACUUGACCCCAGGGUUAGGAGUGGUUCUGUCUAAAGCGUUGGUCAAGCUCUACAGGAUGACUGGGAACCGCCCAGGGUCUGUGACCUGAAGAGGGGACACUUCUGCAGGUGGGCUCAGCUGGCUACCUCCCCCUGGAGAUCCUGCAACAUGAAGGGUGCCAGGCUUGGGAGGAGCAAGGUGGACCAGAGACCCGGAUGAAGACUGGGACUGGCGGGGCGGGCUAAGUUAGGGGAGAAGGGGGAUGGCAAACUUAUUUCUUUUUAUUUUAAUUUUUUUGAGAGGGGGGAAAAAAAACGACAUUUCAGUUGUCAGUGAAACGAACUUUUCUUUGAGUUAUGUCAUUGUUUUAAGUUGUUUCAUUUGAUUUUGUUGUCCUUGUUAAGUGUCCUCCCUGGCAGGAAGAGGGGACAUGAGAGAACAGCUCUAGGGUGUGUGAUUAUGGACACAUGGGCUGAGACCGAGCCUGACAGAACAGUCACAGUUCCAACCACUGAAAUUCACACCUGGACAGACGGGGGGACUAUUUCUACAAGCUAAAAUAUUAUUGUUAUUAUUAAAUGGAGAUUAUCAUAAUUAUACUUUUUUUUGUUUUGUUUUUGUAAUUACCGUUAAUGAAUGAAAAAGGCUGUUGUACCCUUGUGGCUAAUCUUCAGUGUUUGUAGAUAACAAAAAGAAAAACAAAGAAAAAAAAAAAGUUCUCAGAAUUUUACGUUUUAGUUUCUUUUUGUAUGUUUGGUUUUCUUGUUGUUUGUCUGUUCUGUUUGUUGUGAGGGGAGGGCGAAGCAAGGCCAAACACCUGUGUGGAUCCAUAGUACUGUUGCUGGUCCCCAUCUCUUUAGUUUUAUUUUGGUUCUGUUUUAUUUUGUCAUUAAAUAAAUCUAUCUUUUUCAUACCUUG